AUGGAGCAUGACCACGGAGAAGAAUUCUUUUUGAAAAAGAGUAGAGAAGAUUUUAAUAAAAUAAACAGCUUAAUUGAAAAAUUUUAUGAAGUUGUAAAUUUAUACCUAUCAGUGAAAAGGAGGUUAAACCAAGAUAAUAUUUCUGUGCAUAAUAAAUAUUUGUUGAAAACUCUUAAACAAAUUAUUUACAACACAAUUAAUUUAUUAAAGGGUAAUAAAGAUGUGCUGAAUUGUGUAAAGAAAGUAAUAGCCAUGAGAGAUGACUCAUAUAAUAAUAACUUAAAAAGUGUCAAAUUUUAUUUUUUUGCAUCUCCUAAAUGCAUGGAAUUUUUUAACGAGUUAGAAAAAGGUAUAUUAACAUGCAGAGAACUAAUUAUAUUUAUAUCAAAUCAAAACGAUAAAUUAAAAGAGAGCUAUUAUAAAGAAGAUAAUAAAACUGAAGGCACAUCUGACAUGUUUUAUGCAAAUAAAUCUAUUUUAUGGAAAUCUAAAAUUAUUAAAAUAAGAAAUUUGGAUAAUGAUACAUCAUUACAUUUAAAUAAAGAUACAUGUACAAACAUUGAAGCAUUUUCAAAUAUUACAAACAGUAUAAUGAAUUAUCAAUGGCUUGUUAGAGCAUUGUGUAAUAUAAUAAAAUUGGGAAAUUUUAAAAAAUCAAAAAAUAAUAAGCAACAUAAACCUCUUUUACCUCUUAAUAAUAGAUUGAAAUAUUUUACCUUAAAUAUAUAUUACAAAAAAUAUAUUUCUCUUUCAUUAAUUAAAAGAAAAAAAGAAAAAGAAAAUAUAAUUUUACUUAAUAAAAAGGAAAAUUUAUUCAAAAUGAAUAAAAACAAAGAAGUGAAUAUGUUCUAUUCAAAUAAUGAAAAAUACAAUAAAGAGCAAUCAUCAAAUAUAUAUAAAUUAAAAAAUAAAAUUAUAAUUGCCUUACUUAAUGAAAAAAAUUCUAUUGAAAAAUUAUCAAACCCAAAUAAAAUAAAAGGGAAAAAUGUAACUUUCGCAUCUGUUGAUGAAAAAAAAAAUAAAAAAAAAUCUUCAAAAAUAAGAAAAACAAAAGAAGAAUAUGUAUCUUCUAUGGCUAAUGAAUAUUAUAAUGAAGAAAUGUUAUCAAUNUUAUCAAUUGAAGAUAUAAAAAAUGAAGAAGAUAUAUCUUCUAUAAUUGAUGAAAACAAUAGUGAAGAAAUAUUAUCAAUUGAAGAUAUAAAAAAUGAAGAAGAUGUAUCUUCUAUAGUCGAUGAAAACAAUAGUGAAGAAAUAUUAUCAAUUGAAGAUAGAAGAAAUGAAGAUGUAUCUUCUAUAGUUAAUGAAUAUUAUAAUGAAGAAAUGUUAUCAAUCGAAGAUAGAAAAAGUGAAGAAUAUGCAUCAUAUAUAACUAGUGAAAAUAAUAAUGAAGAAAUAUUAGCAAUUGAAGAUAGAAGAAAUGAAGAAGAUGUAUCUUCUAUAAUCAACGAAAAUUAUAAUGAAGAAAUAUUAUCAAUUGAAGAUAGAAGAAAUGAAGAAGAUGUAUCUUCUAUAGUUAAUGAAUAUUAUAAUGAAGAAAUNUUAUCAAUUGAAGAUAUAAAAAAUGAAGAAGAUAUAUCUUCUAUAAUUGAUGAAAACAAUAGUGAAGAAAUAUUAUCAAUUGAAGAUAUAAAAAAUGAAGAAGAUGUAUUUUCUAUAAUCAACGAAAAUUAUAAUGAAGAAAUAUUAUCAAUUGAAGAUAGAAAAAAUGAAGAAGAUGUAUCUUCUAUAGUCGAUGAAAAUUAUAAUGAAGAAAUAUUAGCAAUUGAAGAUAGAAAAAGUGAAGAAUAUGCAUCAUAUAUAACUAGUGAAAAUAAUAAUGAAGAAAUAUUAGCAAUCGAGGAUAGAAGAAAUGAAGAUGUAUCUUCUAUAGUCAAUGAAAAUUAUAAUGAAGAAAUAUCAUCAAGCGAAGAUGAAAAUUCCAUAGUUAAUGAAAAUUAUAAUGAAGAAAUAUUAGCAAUUGAAGAUAGAAAAAAUGAAGAUGUAUCAUCCAUAAAUAAUGAAAAUUAUAAUGAAGAAAUAUCAUCAAGCGAAGAUGAAAAUUCCAUAGUUAAUGAAAAUUGUAAUGAAGAAAUAUUAUCAAUCGAAGAUAGAAGAAAUGAAGAUGUAUCUUCUAUAGUCAAUGAAAAUUAUAAUGAAGAAAUAUCAUCAAUCGAAGAUGAAAAUUCCAUAGUUAGUGAAGAUUAUAACGUAGAAAUAUUAUCAAUAAAAGAUAGAAAAAAUGAAGAUAUAUCAUCCAUAAAUAAUGAAAAUUGCAAUGAAGAAAUAUCAUCAAACGAAGAUAAAAUAAAGGAAGGUGUAUCUUCCAUAGUUAACGAAAAAAGAGAAAAAAAAAGUUUUUUAAAGAUAAAUGAGAUUAAAACAAAAAAUAUGUCAACUUCAAUUAUUAUUGAAAAAGGGAAUAAAGACAAAUCAUUAAAAAGAAAUAGAACAAAAAUUAUAAAUUUACUCUCUGUUCUUUAUGAUGAGAAAAAUAACAACGAUAAAUCAUUACACUUAAAUAGAAAAAGAGUUAUAUAUAUACUUUCUUUGCUUUGUAGAGAAAAAAUUAAUAAAUAUAAAUCAUUGAAAAUGAAUAGAACAAAAAUUAUAAAUUUACUCUCUGUUCUUUAUGAUGAGAAAAAUAACAACGAUAAAUCAUUACAAUUAAAUAGAAAAAGAGUUAUAUGUUUGCUUUCUUCGCUUUAUGAUAAAACAAAUAGUAAAGAUAAAUCAUUGAAAACAAAUAAAGGAAAAAUUAUUAGAUUGAUUUGUUCACUUUACAAUGAUAAAAUUAAUAAAGAUAAAUCAUUACAAAAAAAUAGAAAAAGAGUUAUAAGUUUACUCUCUGUACUUUAUAAUAAGAACAGUGAUAAAGAUAAAUCGUCAAAAACAAACAGAAGAAAAGUUAUAGACUUGCUAUCUUUACUUUAUAAUGAGAAAAGUAACAAAGAUAAAUAUUUAACACAAAGAAGAAAAAAUAUAGUGGAUACUCCUUUCUCAAUUAACAAGAAGAAAGUUAAUAAAGAUAAACAAGUAAAACUAAGUAAAAAAAGCAUUAAAGAUUUUGUUUCUUCAUUUCCUUUGGGGAAAAGUAAUAAAAAAAAAGAUAUAAUAGAUUCAUUUCCAACUGAUAAUGAAAUAGAUACUAAAGAUGAAUUGCUAAAAGCAAAUAAAAAUGAAGUUAUAGUGGAUUCAUUUUCAACUGAUAGUGAAGUAAGUGUUAAAGAUGAAUCAUUAAAGGCAGAUAAAAAAAAAGAUAUAGUAGAUUUAUUUUCAACUGAUAGUGAAAAAAGUACUAAAGAUGAAUCAUUAGAAGAAAGUAAAAGAAAAGAUAUAAUAGGUUCAUUUUCAACUGAUAGUGAAAUAGAUGCUAAAGAUGAAUCAUUAAAGGCAGAUAAAAAAAAAGAUAUAGUAGAUUUAUUUUCAACUGAUAGUGAAAAAAGUACUAAAGAUGAAUCAGAAGAAAAUAAAAGAAAAGAUAUAACAGGUUCAUUUUCAACUGAUAGUGAAAUAGAUGCUAAAGAUGAAUCAUUAAAGGCAGAUAAAAAAAAAGAUAUAGUAGAUUUAUUCUCAACUGAUAGCGAAAUAGAUACUAAAGAUGAAGCAUUAGAAAAAAAUAAAAAAAAAGAUACAACAGAUUCAUUUUCAAGUGAUAGUGAAAUAGGUGCUAAAGAUGAAUCAUUAAAAGAAAAUAAAAAUGAAGUCAUAGUAGAUUCAUUUUCAACUGACAGUGAAAAAGAUACUAAAGAUGAAUCGUUAAAAGAAGAUAAAAAUAAAGAUAUAGUAUAUUUAUCUUCAACAGAUAAUGAGAAAAAAAGUAAGAAAAAAUCCUUAGCAGAAAAUAGAAGAAAUAUUAUAGAGGCUCUUGCAUUAAUUAGUAAUGGUAAAAAUACUAAAGAAAAAUCAUUAAAAGGUAAUAGAAAAAGCAUUAUCGAUGCUCUUUCUUCAAUUAAUAAUGAGAAAAAAAGUAAGAAAAGUAUUUUAGAAACAAAUAGGAGAAGUGUAAUAGGAUUAAUAUCUCCACUCUAUAAUAAGGGUAAUACAGGAGAAAAAUCAUUAGAAAUGGGAAAAAGAGAUGAAUUAAGUAUUAUUUCUUUAAUUAAAGACGAUAAAAAUUUAAAGUUAGACAAAAAAAAAGAAGUAAAUUUGUCUCAUUCAUCUUUUAAUAAAAAAAAUAAUAGAGAAAAGUCAUUAAAGACUAAAAGAAAGCAAAUUAACAUUUUUUCUUUAAUUGCUAAUAAUAAAAAAAUAUCAAAAAUGGAUAAUAUAAAAGAAAUAUGUGAUGUAUUUUCUUCUAUUAUAAAUGAGAAAGAUAAUAAAGAAAGAAAAAUAAAGAAGAACAAUAAAAAUAAUAAAAUACAAAAUAAAACUAUAAAAAAAGAUUCUUUAGGUUCAAAUAAAAAAAAAAAUAAAAAAGCACAAUUAAAGUUAGUUAAUAAAUUAAAAAAUGAGAUAAACAAUAAAGCAAAUUUAAAUAUUAAUGAAAGCAAAGAAGUAUAUGUUCUUUUAUCAAGUAGUGACGAAGAAGAUGAUGAAACUUCAUUAAAAAGUAAUAAAAAAAUGAAAGAGAUAAAGAAUAAAAACGCAAAUAAAAACAAUAUAAAGGGAAUAUCAUUAAAAAGUAUUAAAAAAAAAAAAAAAAAAAUAAAAAAUAAAAAAGUAGUUGAAUCUUCAAUUUUUUAUGAAAAAUACAAAAUAAAGUCUAAAAUUAACUCAAAUGAAGCAAAUAAUAACUCAGAUAGAAACAAAGAAAAUAUGGAAAAUGUAUUCCAAACAGAAGAGAUAAUAAAAGAAAGUAAUUUAGAAAUAAAUAAUAAUUCAGAAGAAGAAAAUAAUUCAAAUGACUACGAUGAAGAUUCAAUUAGUAAAAUUACUUCAAGUGAAGAGGGAUAUUCUUCAGAUGAGCAAAAUGUUAAUUUAAAUGAGAAUGAUUUAGAAUAUGACACUAAAAUUCAAAAACGAAUUAGGAUUGAUUAUAUAGAAGAAUAUGCAGAUGAUAUAAAUAUUGUUGAAUAUGGCCAAUCUUACAUGAUUCCUGAUACAGAUGAAAUGCCUGAAAAUAAUAAACUUAAUGAAUAUAAAUCAGAAUUGAAUAAAAAUCCUACAGAAUCUGCAAAAAAAACUCAUAAAAAAUGUAUAGAUGAAAUGUGUAAAAUAAAAUGGGAUUAUACAAUGCAUACAUUAAAAUAUAUAAAGGAUAUUAUGAAAAGUUUAAGAUAUAAUUGCAAGAGGGAAUAUAAAAUAUCUGAAAAAGUAUCCAAAUAUCAUUAUUAUGGCAAGAGAAUUAAGAGUUUAUUCCCAGAAUAUAGUUUUUCAACAUGUAAAAAAAUAUUUGAUUGUUUUGAAAAUUAUUAUAAAAAUCCGAUCAUUGAAUUGGCGAGAAAAGAAUAUAUAAAAGAAUAUUGCGAAGGAUAUGGUUGUGAAAAAAAGGAUAUAUCAAAAAGCUUAAAAGAAGAAAUUUGUGACGUAGCAGAAUUUAUAUACGAUAGAGUUAAAACCGUUGAAUCGUCAGAUAUGGAAGAACAAAUUCUUGAGUAUAAGGAAAAUAUGGAUAAUAAAAAGGGAAUUACUGCAUACUAUGAUAGACACCAUCCUUAUUUAGAGGAGCUAGAAAUACUUAUUAAGGCUUUUAAUAUCUUAAGAGAAAAAGUAGAAUCGUCUUACUGUAUUAUAAAAUAUUAUGAUUAUGAAAUGGAUAAGACUAUUAGGAGCUUUUCAAGCCAAUUAUGUUAUUGUUAUAGAAGUGUUAACUAUUGGUUUUAUAAAUUAAAAAGAGCAUGCACAGAUGAAAAACAGGAAUGGAAAUUACCAUCUGAAUUACAUUACGAUAAAUUUGAGUCAAAUUCUGAGGAGAAGAAAAUAGAUAUCGAAGAUUCUACAUUAAUACAUGUUUUAUUAAAAUAUAAGGAAUGCCUUGAAAAUGGUACGCUAUGUCCUCAUGAUGAAGGCUAUGAUUCAUCCCCUGAGUCACUUUUCAAUGUUUAUUUAUAUGUAACAACGUUAUAUUCUCAAAUAUGCAAUUCACUAAGCGAUAAAAAUGUUAAAAUUACAAAAAUGAAUGAUAUCUUUAAAGUAAUAUGUUUAAAAAACCAUGAUAUUACACCUUCAGAUGAUAUGAUUAGAAAAUUUGAUAUAAAAAUAAAAAAAGGUAGUAACCCAUUUAUAUUAUCAAAGUCAAAGGAAAUAUCAAGCAUAUUAGUUAAUGAUAAUGCAAAUAAUAAAACCAUAGGGCUACAACAACAAUCAGUCCAUGAAGAUAAUAGUAUUAAGAAUGAAACCGAAUUACAGCAAUUACCAAUAAAUAAAGAUAAUGUCUCAAUAGAAAAGUAUCAUUUGCCAACCUAUUUGAAUGAUUACAAAGGAAAUAAACAAAAUUUUGAAUUGUUAGUUAAAAAAAAUUAUAAGGAAAAUAUUGAAAAAGUUUCUCAAUUUCCAGAUUAUGGAAACAAUGAAAAAAUUUCAGAUAAUCAUGAUUUUUUAAAUUAUGGAAAUUAUCAGAAUGAUUUAGAAACUAAACAAUUUCCAAUUUAUAUAAACAAUGAAAAAAUUUCGGAUAAUCAUGAGUUUUCUAAUUAUGGAAAUUAUCAGAAUGAUUUAGAAACUAAACAAUUUCCAAUUUAUAUAAACAAUGAAAAAAUUUCAGAUAAUCAUAAGUUUUCUAAUUAUGGAAAUUAUCAGAAUGAUUUAGAAACUAAACAAUUUCCAAUUUAUGCAAACAAUGAAAAAAUUUUAGAUAAUCAUGAUUUUUCAAAUUAUGGAAAUUAUCAAAACAAUUUAGAAACUCAACAAUUUUCAGUUUUGGGAAAUGGCCAACAAAUUUCAGAUAGUCGCGAGUAUUCAAGUUAUGGAAAUUAUCAGAAUGAUCUAGAAGCUCAACAAUUUUCACCUUAUGAAAAUGAUCAAAAAAUCUCAGUUAAUGAGUUUUCAAAUUAUGGAAAUUAUCAGAAUGAUUUAGAAACUCAACAAUUUCCAGUUUAUUCAAAUAAUGAAAAAAUUUCAUUUAAUUAUGAGUUUUCAAAUUAUGGAAAUUAUCCAAGUGUUUCAGAGUCUCAAGAGCUUUCAAUUUAUGAAAAAGAACAUAGCGCUUUAAAACCUCUGCAAUUUUCAACUUCUGAAAAUAAUUUUAAUUGCAUCACAGAAGAAAUAAAAUUUCCAUCCUAUAUAAAUUAUCAAAACUGUUUAGAAACUCAGCAAUUUUCAACUUACGAAAAUGAUGGAAAAUAUUUAGAAACUCAACAAUUUUCAACCUAUGAAAUUGAUCAAAAUUACACAAAAGAAAAUGAGAAAUCUCCAAUGUAUGAAAAUGAUUAUAUAUUCACUUCAGAAACACCAAAAUUUCCAAGUAUUGAAAAAAAUUAUGAAAAAGAAAAAAUAGAAGAAUUGCAAAUAUUACGUCAUGAAAAUAAUAAAGAUGAAGAACUAAGAGAAUUACAGCAAUCAUCUGAUGAAAUAUCAGAAGAUUUAGAACAAUCAAAUUAUGAAAAUAGCGAUGAUGAAAAGUUAGAAGAAUUAAAAAAACCAAAUGAUGAAGAUAACUAUGAUCAAAAACCAGAAGAAUCAGAACAAAUAGAUUAUGCAAAUAAUAAAAAUGAAGAACUAAGAGAAUUACAGCAAGCGUCUGAUGAAAUAUCAGAAGAUUUAGAACAAUCAAAUGAUGAAUACAGCAAUGAUGAAAAACCAGAAGAAUCAGAAAAAUCAAAUGAUGAAUACAGCAAUGAUGAAAAACCAGAAGAAUCAGAAAAAUCAAAUGAUGAAUACAACAAUGAUGAAAAAACAGAAGAAUCAGAAAAAUCAAAUGAUGAAUACAGCAAUGAUAAAAAACCAGAAGAAUCAGAAAAAUCAAAUGAUGAAAAUAAUAAUGAUAAAAAAAAAGAGGAACCAGAACAAUCAGAUUAUGAAAAUGAUAAUAAUGAAAAACUAGAAUUAGAACAGUCAACUGAUGAAAAUAAUAAUGAUGAAAUGACUGAAGAAUCAGAACAAUCAAAUUACGAAAAUAGCGAUGACGAAAAGUUAGAAGAAUUAAAAAAACCAAAUGAUGAAGAUAACUAUGAUCAAAAACCAGGAGAAUCAGAACAAAUGGAUCAUGAAAAGAAUAAUAUUGAAAAAGCAGAAGAAUUAGAAAAAUCGAAUGAUGAAAAUAACUACGAUCAAAAACCAGAAGAAUUGGAACAAAUAUAUCAUGGAAAUAACGAUAAUGAAAAAUUAGAACAAUUAGAACAAUCAAAUGAUAAAUACAGCAAUGAUAAAAAACUAAAAAUAUCAGAAAAAUCAAAUGGUGAAAAUAACUAUGAUCAAAAACCAGAAGAAUCAGAACAAAUGGAUCAUGGAAAGAAUAAUAUUGAAAAAGCAGAAGAAAUACAAAAGUUAAAUAGCAAAUUAAACAAUUCAUCAAAUAGAUAUUCAAUUAAUACCUUUUGCGGUUCAAAUAUAAGAAAAAGAAAAUUAGAUGAGGAAAGCAAAGAAGAAUUACUUUGUAAUAUAACGUCUAAUAAAAGAUAUGUUAAGAAAGGAAAGUGUACUAGUACAUUAGACACUAAAUAUGAUGAACAAAGUAAACAUAAGAAUACACUUAUAGAUACAAGCAAAGAAAAAAAUAAAAAAUAUACUAAAAAAAAUGUAUUAAAUGAUAAGAAAUGUUCAUUAAAAAAAAGAAAAAAAGAUAGCUGUAACAUAGAUAAUAGAAAUUUAAAAGUGAGAAAAUUUAUAGAUUCUAACAAUGAAGCAAAAACAAUAAAUAAUAUUAUUGAAAAAAUAAAAAAUGAGAACCUUAUCAGUGAUAUUAAAAAAAAGGAAGUUGUAAUAUCAAAUAACAAAAUUCUAUUGGAUAAAAAAGACAUAAAAAAAAUUUAUCAUACUAAUAAAGUAAUUGUAAUGAAUAAAAAUAAAUUUAGUAACCUUAAUCUAAGUAAAGACAGAAAAUAUACUAAAGAUAGAUACCAAAAAAUAAAAACUAAAAUUAUAAAAGAAAAAGAAACUGAAAUGAAGGCCACUAAAUUAAAAGUACAUAAAUCAUUAAUUAAAAAAAGUGUAAAAGAUACAAAAUAUAUUUCUAAAAAAAAAACAGUUUUUGUUAACAAGAAAAAGACAAAUAAUUGUAAUUUAAGCAUGAACAGAAAGCUCAUUAAAAGCAUGUAUCAAAUAAAAAAAAAUAAUUACGAUGAAUCAAAAGAUAUAUCAAUAGUUCAAGAUAAUAAAACACCUGUAAUUAAUAAGGAAAACACAAAUACACCCAAAUUAAAAAUAGCAACACUAAAAUCAUGUCUAGUUAAAAAAAAGUUAAAGAAGAAAACAGUGAAAAGAGUUACCUUUGCAAUGGAUGUACAAAAAAUCAUAUACCAGAAAAAACAUUAG